AUGCCAUUGGGACGAUAUUCUAAUACAUCUGUUAUUAAUGAUGAUGAACAACCAAUUAGAGAAGUAAAUAUGACUAAUGAUAUUCAACAAUCAUUACCUGUUUAUAAUGAAGAACAAUUGAUAAAAAUGCUUGCUGAUAUACCUCAACAUAAACCAAUAACAUUAGCUGAAGCAAUAGCAUAUGAAUAUAUUGAUAUUGAAGAUCCUAAAUUAGGUCUAUCAAAUGAUACAAUUCAAUAUAUAAAACAUUUAUUUCAUCCUUUAUCUGAUCAAUCAAUAUCUAAUUUAAUUCGAGUUCAACGUUCCGGAGAAUAUUUAACCGAUAUUAAUCUUGCUGAAGCAAAUCCGUUUGAAAAAUUCAAUAUCACUGAACCAUAUAUUUAUCAAUUACAACAAUUAUUUGAACCAACAUUAGAUUUUAAUGAAAAACAAUUUCGUUUAUUAACAGAAACAAUAUUAAAUAAUAAAGAACAAUAUGAUCAAUUACAAUUUGAUAUAGCACGUACAUUAUUACCUAUAUAUGAUAUGAAAGAAUCAUCAACAAAUGAUUUUAGUCAAUCAGAUUCAGGUUAUUCAAUGACGACAGGAACACAUGAAAGUUUAGCAAGUAAAAUAAAAAUUGAAUUUGAACCAAUUAAUCAAGAUAUACCUACACCACCAAUACGUAGUGAUUUAUGUGAAGAUGAAAAAAUUGAUUUAGAUAAAGCAACACAAGAACAAUUAGAUAAAUAUGAACUUAAUCAGGAUUUAAUUCAAAUAAUUAAAUCAGAUUUUAAUGCAUCGGAUAAAACUAUUGGACAAGCAAUAUUAUCACGUGAAUUGCGUUUGGAUAGUACAGAUCCGAAUGAUAUAGCACGUUUACAUUCGUUAGGUAUUCAUAAAGAACAAGCAAGGAUCUUAACUGCCUUUUUCUUUCCAAAACAUACACGUACAAUUGCUUAUUCACCAGAACCCGGUCGUUUUGUUGAAGCUCAAACAACAUACAAUCCUAAUUAUCCAGGUUAUAAAACUGACACAACAAUAAUACAAAUUCAAGAAAAACAACUUUCAUCAGAUCAUCUUGCAAAACAAAGAAAUAUUCAUGAUGAUCGAACAUCUCCGAUUUUAUCUGAACAAAUAAUACAAUCAGAAAUAAUUGUUCCCGUUUCAUCAUCGGAAAUCGCUCCAAUAAUGAUUCCAAAAGAAAAACUAACAUCGGCACCACCAUCUUCAUCAUCGCCACCACCACCAUCACCACCACUACCACCACCACCACCAACAACAACAACAGCAGCAGCACCCAUAAAGAAACGUAAAUCAAGUGGUAGCGGUGGUUUAUUGGCUUGUUUUAAAAGUAAAAAACCUAAAGCAGGAACUGAACAACAAGGUCAAGCAACUAUUCAACCAACAACUAUUGUUAGUAGAGCAAAUAUUUCACAACAAUCAAGUAAACCUAUCGAAGAAAAACCCGUUAUUGAUUAUUCUGUUACACAAGAUGGUAAACGAAUUUAUAUCGAUGCGUUUCGAGCUCGACCUGGUCUUGAUAUGUCAUAUAAACCAAAUGAUUUUGAAAAUCGAUUCAUUCUACCUAUCGUAAAACCAGCAUCUGAAUAUGAACGACCAAUUACACCUGAAAUAGAACGAAUUACUCUUAAAUCUAAAAAUAUUGAACAUGAACCUAUGAUUCAUUUAGAACCACGUUCACCAGUUAUUGAACCAGUUGAUGUUCAACCUGAAAAAACACCAGUUAUUGUUCCAUUAACAAAAACUGAUGAAAUGACAAUUACAAAAAAACCAACUAUUGAUUUACACGGAGCAGCUAUUAAGUUACCAGAUAUUGAAUUAGUUCAACCAGGACCAUUACCAACAUUACCAAUUAAAAAAGACGAUGAAACAAAAAAAGUUAAAAAAUCAACUGGUGGUUUAUGUGCAUCAUGUUUUAGUACAAAAGCUAAAGAAAAAAAGAAACAAAAACAAACAAUUUCCGAAACUAUUAAAGCACCUAUUGAACAAAAGAAAAUUGUUCAACAAGAAAAAAAAGAAGAUUUAUCUUCAACCAUAAUUAUAACGACACAAAAUAUUGAACCACCAUCAUCAUCAUCAUCAACUGCAAUUAAUGAACCGAUUUUACCUAAAGUUAAUAUUGAUAUAUUUAAAGAACGAAAUUUUCAAAAGAGUGCCAAGAAUGUUCCUCAACCAGAACAGCGGUUAGAUGUAACAAAUGAAAGCAUAACUCCAAUUAUAGAAUCUCAUCAACAAUCAUCACCUAGUAAACCAUUACCAGCAUCAUUAGCAACAACAACCGCUACUACUAGCCAAUCACCAUUCAUAUCUUCAGCAAUAAAAGACUCAUCAGUGUUCUCUCAUGUUAAUAUUGAUAUAUUUAAAGAACGAAAUUUUCAAAAGAGUGCCGAGAAUGUUCCUCAACCAGAACAGCGGUUAGAUGUAACAAAUGAAAGCAUAACUCCAAUUAUAGAAUCUCAUCAACAAUCAUCACCUAGUGGAUCAUUACCACCAUCAUUUGCAACAACAACAGCUACUACUAGCCAAACACCAUUCAUAUCUUCAGCAAUAAAAGACUCAUCAGUGUUCUCUCAUGUUAAUAUUGAUACAUUUAAAGAACGAAAUUUUCAAAAGAGUGCCGAGAAUAUUCCUCAACCAGAACAGCGGUUAGAUGUAUUAAAUGAAAACAUAACUCCAAUUAUAGAAUCUUAUCAACAAUCAUCACCUAGUGAACCACUACUACCAUCAUUAGCAACAACAGCAGCUACUACUAGCCAAUCACCAUUCAUAUCUGCAGCAAUAAAAGACUCAUCGGUGUUCUCUCAAGUUAAUAUUGAUACAUUUAAGGAACGAACUUUUCCAAAACCUUCCGAGAAUCUUCCUAAACCAGAAGAGCAUUUAGAGGCAACAGAUGAAAACAUAGUGUCACUAGCUGAAGAAUCUCAUUAUGAAAUACCAACGAAUGAACCUGUACAACCAUCCAUGGUAGCAAUAAAAACGAUCGAAUCACCCACAAAAGAUUCGUCAAUUUUUUCUCAAGUCAAUAUUGAUGCAUUUAAAGAACGAACUUUUGAAAAGGGUUUCGAGAAUCUUCCUAAACCGGAAGAACGUCUAGAUAUAACAAAUGUAACAUUAACAUCAUCACUUGAAGAAUCUCAUUAUGAAUUACCAAAGAACGAGCCUAUCAAACCACAAAUACCGACUAGAACAACAUUUGAAUCAAUUCCCAAAGAUUCAUCGGUUUUCUCUCAAAUUAAUAUUGAUACAUUUAAAGAACGAACUUUUGAAAAGAGUCCCAAGAGCUUCCCGAAGCCAGAAGUAUAUUCAGAUAUAAUUGUUGAAAAAGUAAUCUCAACUGAAGAACCACAUUAUCAAUUGCCAUCUAGCGAGCCGGUGCCGCUUCCAAUAAUACCUAUAGAACACGAAUAUUCAACCGUUGAUCGUAAUAUGUAUGAUGUUCCUCGCACGAUUGAAUUUCAACAAACACCAUCAUCGGUUGAAACAAAAACAGAAAUAAAAGUAAGAAGUCAUUGA